AUGCGGCCGCACCUCCUUGUAUUCGGUCUGGGACUUCUACCAGAGGCUUUUGUCAAAGCAGAUGAGCCCUACCACAAAGGCGACAGCAAGACUCCGUCCGUUCAGCAUGAUAUUCGUCGGCUAGCCUCUUGCUCCGUUCCGGAAAGAGAUAACUGUGCCUUCUACCUAUCCUGUCUCGAGACCGCGGUACCAUGUGGGCCCGAAGGCUACGCUACCGCCUAUGGCGACCAUUACUGCCGCAAAUUUCAGUCAGUGCAGCAGAAGUUCUCUGACCAAGGUAAAGUCUGGGUCAGCAAUGCCAUGUACUGCCUGCAGAGCAAACUUGUACCAUACGCGACUGGACAAAAACAAGCCAGCUGCGACGCGAUCCGGAAGUACGCCUUUGGGACACAUCCCUUCUGUUAUCUCGACAACGGCUUGUGCACCCUCCCACCAUCCGACUGGUUACUUAUCCUCGAUACCGUAGGCGUCGAAGGCCUGUUUGGUAGCGUAGAAGCUCUUAUUGCAACACUUGAGGCCGCAGGUGGAUGUGUCGAAUUUUACCUUUGGUUAAUCAGGAAUCACUUCAUUGAAAACGCGGAAGGACGGAUCACGAGCAAGGACGCGUGA